GCCCACGAAUUAACGGAUUAAAGGUCAAGGAUCAAGUUUAUGCCACAACUCUGGAGUUUUUCUUGGCGUCAUCGUCCAUGUUCCUUCAGUUUUUCCUCAUAAUCCUCCUUCCUCACGAUGCCGACUGUUUUCUGAAGCUCACCAGUCGUUCCUUCUACAAAUCCCCUCCACAGCAUGAUGCUACCACCUCCAUGCUCCGACAGUCCAGACUCCACCAGAGGAGGGUUUUUAUUUUAGAUUUUAUGUGUUGGAGCUUCUUCUUUGCUGAACAGCCUCUCAGGUUAUGUCAAUAUAUAGACAAUCGUCCGUCAUGUCCCAGCGAGCUCCUCCCCUUCUCUCCGUCCACCCGAGCCGGGCGCUGGUGGACGAGAAGUUCCAGGUGUUGGUGGAGAACCUUCCUCCGGGAUGUCCCGUGACCGUCCACUCGCUCCACCAGUCGGAGGACAACGACUACUGGGAGGCCUACGGACACUACGUCAGCAACCAGAGGGGGACCGUCUCCGUAUCAGAAGACCUGAGUUUUGGAGGAACGUACUCUGGGAAAGAGUCCAUGGGUUUGUUGUGGAGCUUGCGUCCGGUCCCAGGCAGCCGCAAGGGCCUCAGGCUGAGGAAGAUGAACGUCUGCGCCCCAAUGCUGGUCACCAUCUCCGUCUACAUGGGACACGAGGGAUUCAGGGACCAGCGCCCCCUAGCGUCCACGCUCACAGAGAGAUGGUACAUGGCUCCAGGCGUCAAGAGGGUCGUCGUCAAGGAGAGAGGAGUGCGAGGGACGCUCUUCAUACCUCCAGGACCUGGACCGUUCCCCGGGAUACUGGACAUGUGGGGGGGCGGCGGAGGCCUGGUGGAGUACCGCUCCGCCCUCCUGGCGUCUCGAGGUUUUGCUUCUCUGGCGCUGGAGUAUCUCUCUCCUGAGAAGGUCCGGUCUGCGGAUCUGGAGUUCACCUACUUUGAGACGGCCUUUAGCAUCAUCCAGGAGCAUCCUCUGGUGCUGCCGGACCGAGUCGGACUCCUGGGCCUUUCCCUCGGCUCCCUGGUCUCCUUCUACCUGGCGGCUGAAAGCUCCACGGUGAAGCCGACCUGCAUCGUCGCCGUUAGCAGCAACUACUCGUUAUCACGGACGAAGACGAUCCCCGGGUUCCACGACGAUCUGAUAAAUUAUUAUGACAAAGUACGGGUGGAUGAGAACAACCAUCACAUCUGGAAAGGUAUCGGCAUGGCUCUGUUCAACGAGCCAACCAAGGUGGACGUCGGGAAAAUUAACUGUCCGAUGCUGUUGAUCAGUGGGUGUGAUGAUCAGAACUGGCCGGCAGUGGAGACGGUCGAGGAUAUCAGCCGGACGAUGCGUUCGGUCGGGAAGGACCGGCUGCUGACCCGGGUCGACUACCCCGGCGCCGGGCACCUGAUCGAGCCUCCGUACUCGCCUCAUUUCAGAGCCACUAACUUUAUGCUUCACACCCAGAACGAGAAAGUAAUUUUAAAGUGGGGGGGGGAAACCAAACCCCACUCGGACGCCCAGGAGGACUCAUGGCAGAAGAUCCUGUGUUUCCUGGAGCAGCAUCUUUACUGUUCCCCGAGUGUCAGAGCCAAGAUGUGAGCGAGGACGCGAGGACACGAGGACACGAGGAAACGAGGACACGAGGACGGACUGAGAUCGAAUCCCUGCUCCAACAAAUGAAGCAUUUAUUGUUAUUUAAAUACAAAUUUAUACAGGUGUUGAGUUGGUUUUGGGGGGUUACUACUGCUAAUGAUAAAAAAAGAGAUAAGUCUACUAGUCUUAGAAUG